AGCAGGUGUUAGAAUAGAACUCCUCGUUUAAAUAUCAUGAAUGUAAUAGCUUUGCGACUACGUUUUGCUGUGAAACCCACAUUACCAAUAUGCAGUCGUUGCAUGCAAGGUUUCUAUUCAACACAAACUUUACAAAAGGAACCAACUUCAUCUAUUAUUCCCAAACAUGAGACAAACAUACAACAAGUUAUUCCUGACUUUCCCAAUGUAAUUAUGAAAGAUACAAACUCUGCUGUGGGAUUCUGGAAAACGGAAAAAGGUUUAAAAAUAAAAGACAAGAUACUCACCAACACAGGGAGAGGAUUGAGGUUGCUGGUCUCCAUUGAAAGAUAUAACAAUAUGUGGGAAAGUUGUUUAUUACAAGAAGACAACACACUUUUCCGAUUAAAUGAGUUUGACGAAAUAUUAUACACUCGUCAUGGAGCAGAGUGGGCUGCGUGUUUGCUCAUAUUGAGACUCGGUGGCGCUGUUAAGCUGGUGACGGACGAUAGGUGGAUUGAUGAUGCGGCACAUUUCAGAACACCAAAGAAGAAGGAUUGUACAAUUGAUGCGAUUGACCUUAGAAAUACUUGUGUAACAUACGAUGGAUUGCAACACUUAAAUAGACUGGGUUAUGUCAGGUACUUAAACGUUGGUGAUUGCGAGCACUUCACCAACGAAUGCAUGGCACGCCUACACCCACUAGCUGACACAUUAGAAUACCUGGAUGUCAGUGGAACUCAAGUUUCUCCUGAAGGUUUAACUUUUCUCAGGAUAUUUCCUCAUUUAAAGUGGAUCAACCUUAGUAGGUUAAAGAACCCUGACAAGUUAGAAGCAUUGCUACCAUUCCUAUAUGAGAUCCUACCACCUGAAUGUGUUGUAGUGUUAAAUGAUGAGAUACCAGCUUCAAGAUAUGGGAGUCCUAUUCCUUUCAGGAGUUCCAGAGAUCCCAACAGAGAUGACAAGUUUGAAAAGAAUCCUAACAUAGGUGAUAUUGUUGCCUUCAAUGAAAUUUAUGGCGAGAAUGCUUUAAGAUUACAAGACGUCACCCACAUACACCAGAUGUGGAAAACACCUUUGCAAACACCAAAGAGACAGAAAUACCUCUCAGCAAUGAACACAAAUACCAAGAUAGGAAUAAAGACAUUGGUUAAAUAUAUUAAGAAAGCAGAAAAAUAUCCACCCUUGUUAUAAACUGGAAAUCUUCUUUUUAAUUCUUAGGAAAUUUUCAUUUCUCUGUUAUAAUAAUAUUGUGUGUACUAUGGUGCUAAAAAUUUCAAUGUUGUUUAUAUUUUUUCUUAAACUUCCAAAACUGGCAACCUACCUUUUAUCCCUUAGAAGCAUGUUGUGUUACAAACUACUACAUUGUAUAUUUAUUUACUUCGGUAUUAGGCCAAAUGUGACCCAGUGCUACACCUAAGGAUCUCACCCUUACAGAAUAAAAUGUUUUUGCCGCAGACCUAUUUGCCAAGUUCACUUGAAAAUUGAAAGGUUUUGUUUUUUGUGUGAUUUAUUUUAAGAAAUACCAAGUUUAUGUUUAGUAUCUGUUAUACUGUAUCCAAUUCUCUUUCCUUGCGUUUAAAUAAUCCCAACUUUUCACAG